CUCACAGUCUUACCUCACACAACACAGCAGAGUGGGAGCUGCAGCACUCAAGCAUGGGCAAUAUUUUUGGCAACCUGCUGAAGAGCCUGAUUGGAAAGAAGGAAAUGAGGAUUCUGAUGGUGGGCCUGGACGCGGCAGGGAAGACCACCAUCCUCUACAAACUCAAACUGGGAGAAAUUGUCACCACCAUCCCCACCAUUGGAUUUAACGUGGAGACGGUUGAGUAUAAAAAUAUCAGCUUCACUGUCUGGGAUGUCGGUGGCCAGGACAAAAUCAGACCUCUGUGGAGACACUACUUUCAAAACACACAGGGCCUGAUCUUUGUGGUGGACAGUAAUGAUCGGGAGAGAGUGAAUGAAGCUCGGGAGGAACUUAUGCGCAUGCUGGCCGAAGAUGAGCUGCGUGAUGCAGUGCUUCUCGUUUUUGCCAACAAACAGGUAUCCUUCUCUCUCUAUCUCUCUAUUCUAUUUAUAGACCUGCCUAAUGCCAUGAAUGCUGCCGAGAUCACAGACAAGCUCGGCCUGCACUCCCUGCGUCACCGCAACUGGUACAUUCAGGCCACCUGCGCAACCAGUGGGGACGGCCUGUACGAGGGGCUUGACUGGCUGGCCAAUCAGCUUAAGAAUAAGAAGUGAUAGGCGUGGUUU